CUCCUGGCUGGCCUCUUUAUGACAAGAUAACUUCACAUUAUAACUAUUGUGCUAUCGGCUUUAUAGUUUUGUAUCUACUUAUUCACGUUCUUGGAUGAUAGCUCGGUGACGGGGAAGCAAUAAUCUAUCCUCAUACUAGGCUCGACGAUGAGCAUCGUCUGCAGAUCAUGGCUGCACCCAGACCAUCAACGCAGGUCCAGAUCUCCCCUGGCAAGGGGUUGGGAUUCAUAAUUUUGGGAGCUUCUUUACACAACGUAUUGGGACAUGUCAAGUCUCACCCCCAAACUUACCCCGCGAUCGAGAUAGCCUACUCCCCCUCCGACCCUCUGCGCAAGCCCGUUACCCUACAACUGCCCGAGAAUGGACUCCGUCUACGGUUUGAUGGACCCGAUCAGCGACUGCGUCUUAUCGAAGUGCUGGACUUUUCGAAGAUCUCGCUCGUCUACAAGAACCAGGAAGUGCUAAAGGGAGCCAAGCCGCAUGAGCCCCCUGCAUCGCAGCAGGGGCCCAGCUUCCGGCAUAUCUACAAUCGCCUGUUCGGCCCUUCAUACCCAGGGGAGUAUGUACCUCCACUGAACGGCUCGCCGUACGGCACGUACGUACUGUCGUAUCCCGGGAUCGCUUUCUCCUUUCCCCUUCAGCAUUCGGCCUGGUCGGACCAAUGUGACUUCGUAGCAUUACUCUCUUCGACUGCCGCAAUGCCGGCCACCUCGUUGAGCAUCUUCCAGGGUCCAUCGUGGCCCGAAGUCAGAUCCAAUCUAUUCACCCAGCAGCCGCAGUAUCCGCGUUUCCCCCCGCUGGCAGGGAAGAACAAGGACUCUGUCGCUGACGAGGUGGAGGAGUUCAUCAUCUGGGGCGCAGGCAAAGUCCAAGCGAUCCGACGAUCGACUCCACCCACUCACAUCACCUUGUCGCGCACAACGCCGCAGGAUCUGAUUGCCGAGUUCGGGCCUCCCGACGCCAUAUACCGUAAGCAUGAUCGAAGGAUCUCCAUCCACCGCGCCGCGAAUGGUGGCGGCGGCAGUCAAGACCCUCUCGGCAUGAGCCCGUCACCGGGGAGAGGCAUCGAUAUCACGGAUACCGAUCAAUCUUCCAACAACAGUGCCGUCGAUGACUCGGAUGAUGAGGAGGUGACCACGACCCUUGACCCGUCGUCACUACCAACUGAAUGCUUUUUUAAUUAUUUCCAUCACGGUUUUGACGCAUUUAUUUCCCACCCUGAUACACCUGGGCCUGCUCUGCCGGGAUCAGCCUUGUCGGAUCCCACCCCCGUAUCCCCUUCACCCCAAUUAGUCGUGACCAAGAUCAUCCUGCAUGGUAACGUUCCCGGGUCAUAUCCUUUCAACCGCCACCGACGCAGUCGCUGGAGGAUCAGUUUCGACUCCUCCGACGAUACCAUCUCGUCCGAAACGCGCUGGGACGAAGUCUUCGGGCGACUGAAGGACGUGUGGAAGGGGUUCUAUACCAGUUCGACGGAAGAACGAGCUCUCCAACGGCCGAUGGUACUCAACCGAGGCUGGGGAGACAGUCCCGAGAGCAGCGUGGAAUUCCUCGGCGGUUGGGAAGAAAGUACAGGCCGGGGACAGAGGGCCGGGAAUGACGGUCACGAUGCGGGUCUUGGGAAUACUGAACUAUUUGGGUUUCCUGGUCUUUUGUUUGAGGUGUUGAAGAACGGGGCAGUCAGCUAUUUAAUACAGUGUCACCAUUUCUAUUACUAUUUCUUAACCUAUUAUAUCCUUGAGACAUGCUUCAGUGGUAGUAUGCCGGAAUUGCCACGGUCGCUCGCUCGAUCUUGGUCGUCGACGCUCAAGCUCCCCAAGUCGACGUUCCCCGCCCGCGUAACACCCGCCGACCAGACGAAAUACCUGCGACGAUGCACGGACGACCUCUACGCCUGGCAGCGCCGUGAGAGGCCGGUGGAUGGGCAAUUUGUGCUGCACGAUGGGCCGCCCUACGCGAAUGGCGAACUACACGUUGGUCACGCCCUCAAUAAGGUCCUCAAGGAUAUCAUCUGCCGGGUGCAGCUUGGUCGCGGGAAGCGGAUACGGUAUGUGCCCGGGUGGGACUGCCACGGGCUGCCGAUUGAGUUGAAGGCGCUCGAGGCGCAGAGGGCGGCGGGGGAGGCGACUGGACCGGUUACUGCGGCGGUGAUCCGGAAGGCUGCGCGGAAACUGGCUGGGCGGACUGUCAAAGACCAGAUGAAGGCGUUUCGCGGAUUCGCUGUCAUGGGCGACUGGGAGAAUCACUGGAAGACGAUGGACAAGGGGUUUGAGAAGAGGCAGCUGGGGGUGUUUCGCGAGAUGGUUGAAAAGGGAUUGAUAUACCGGAGGUUUAAGCCCGUGUACUGGUCGCCGUCGACUGGGACGGCGCUGGCGGAAGCCGAAUUGGAAUACAAGGAGGACCAUGUGUCGACUGCGGCGCUGGUCAAGUUCCCUGUCGUGGAUAUACCGGCGCAUCUCGCUUCGAACCCGUUGCUGCGUGGGAAGGGUAUCAGCGCGGUCAUCUGGACGACUACGCCGUGGACGCUUCCUGCGAAUGCUGUUAUUGGCGUUCACCCGGAUCUGGAAUACUCUAUUGUGCAAUCGGACGCGCACGGCUAUUUGCUUAUCGCGCAGUCGCGGAUUGAAUAUUUGCAAAGCGUUUUGAACGAGGACCUGGGCGUGAUCGUACCCUCGGUUCUUGGAUCGGAAUUAGCGGACCGGACUACGUAUCGCUCAUUGUUUAAAGGAGCAGACGCGGAGGCCCAGCCGAUUAUCACUGCGGACUUCGUCUCUGCUGACUCCGGGUCGGGCUUGGUCCACUGUGCCCCCGGCCAUGGUAUGGACGACUACGAGGCGUGUGUUUCUCGCGGUAUUCCUGCUUUCGCUCCCGUCGACGACCACGGUAAAUUCACCAGCCUUGCGAUGCCGGAGGACCCACAACGGCUCAGCGCGGUCCUGGAAUAUAUUGAAGCGGAAGGCUACCUGAUUUCGAAAAAUCAGUACGAGCACAAGUAUCCCUACGACUGGCGGUCCAAGCGCCCCAUCAUCAUCCGGGCGACUGAGCAAUGGUUUGCCGACGUGGCCGACAUCCGCGGCGACGCGGUCAAGGCACUGGAGGAUGUCAACUUUGUCCCGAGUUCCGGAAGAGUGCGCUUGGAGAACUUUGUCAAGAACCGGAGCGAGUGGUGUAUCUCGCGCCAACGCGCGUGGGGUGUUCCCAUCCCCGCGCUGUACGAUCGGAGCACGGGAGACGCUGUCCUCACUAAAGAUAGCGUUUCUCACAUCAUGUCUGUGAUCGACGAGCGAGGGAUCGACGCAUGGUGGACGGAUGAUGCGAACGACACGGCUUGGAUUCCAGCCUCGCUGCGGGACGCAUCCGAGGCGGGAUAUCGUCGCGGAACCGACACGAUGGACGUCUGGUUCGACAGCGGCACCAGCUGGACGGAGAUCGACACGCCUUACAGCAAUGGAUACCCCGCUGAUGUGUACCUGGAAGGGUCGGACCAACACCGCGGAUGGUUCCAAUCCGGGCUUCUCACCUUCACGGCGCAUCAGAUCGCUGCAGGCCACAGGGACGAAACACGUGCUCCGUUCAAGAACCUGAUCACCCACGGAUUCACCCUGGACGAGGAGGGCCGCAAGAUGAGCAAAUCCAUCGGCAACGUGAUCGAUCCCCAAGCCAUCAUGGACGGGACUCUUCUGCCCCCGCUCAAGCCCCGGAAAGGCAAGGGCAAGAAACAGCCCGCAAACCAAGGCCCCGUCUACGAUGCGCUGGGGCCUGACGCCCUGCGCAUGUGGGUAGCCAGCAGCGACUACACGCGCGACGUCGUGAUUGGGAAGCAGGUUCUCCAAACCGUCAACACCAGCUUGCACAAGUACCGCGUGACAUUCAAGCUGCUGCUAGGCGCCAUCUCGGAUUUCAACCCGCAGAAUCUCCUCCCGUACGACCAGCUGCAGCAAACGGACCGGAUUGCGCUCAUGCACCUAUCCGAGAUGGUGCUGGCGUCGCAAAAGGCCUGCGAGGGCUUUGAAUUCUACCGUGCCGUGAACGCCAUCAACCGCUGGGCGAACAUGGAGUUCUCCGCCUUCUACAUGGAAGCGAUUAAGGACCGGCUCUACACCUACGGAGCGGACAGCGCCAGCCGACGCGCCGCGCAGACGACGCUGUUCCACAUCUACCAGCAUCUGCAGGAAAUCCUGGCGCCUAUCACUCCGAUGCUGGUGGAGGAGACGUGGGAGCACACGCCCGAGGCCAUCAAAUCGCAAUGCGAACACCCACUGCAACGCAUUGCCUUGUCCCCGCCGACGGAGUGGCAAGACCCCUCGCUUGGAACGCACUACUACGAUAUCAUGGCAGUCGGGUCGGUGAUCAAGGGCAUGCAAGAGCAGGCGCGGGGGCAGAAACAAAUGGGCUCGUCUCUGCAAUCUUGCGUCCAUAUCGUCCUUCCAGAAGGCGACGGCGCGGGGUCCGCGCUCCAGCACAAUCUGGCCGAGCUGCCUGAUCUGUUCGUUGUAUCUUCCGUCACCCUCGGGUCGCACGGCGAGGCUAUCCCCAGCGCGACCACCGACGCCGAGUGGCAGUACCACGAGACGUACGAGCUUCCUAGCGGCGGAAAUGGCGUCGUCUAUGUGUCUGCCCCGCAGUCGUCUAAGUGUCCCCGUUGCUGGAGAUACGUACUGGAGGAACCCGAGCCCGUCGAAGAGACGGUGUGCGAACGGUGUGAAGAGGUGGUUCGCGAGCUGGACGCAUCGGCAGCGAGCAAGGGAGACGCAUGAGCCACUCAAUCUCCAAUCAAUCCAAAUUAUGAACAUCUCACUCAUGUAUUAUAGCGUAAUAGACAAAAAAUAACCUGAUCUGUAAUUAAGUUACCUGAUUAACAACCACCACCAC